AUGAAUAAUAUUCAAUUUACAAAUAUAUCAGACGUACGAAUAGUUGAUUCAAUCACUGAAACAGUUCCAAAAAUGUUCUCAAUUCAAUCGAAAUAUAUUUCGACGACAUGGUGUAAUAUUAAUGGUUGUUUACGAGUUUUAGGUAAAAUUAUAUUUUCAGUUGGCUGUCCAUUAGCAUGUCAAUUAAGGAAAAUGAAUAAAAUCAAAACAGUAAAUUUAAUUCAACCAUUAAUAAAGAUGAAUCUUAAUUCAACAUUGAAUAUAAAUUACAUCAUUGAAUUCGAUGCAUUUACUAUUGGUCUUUUGUUUUUUGUUGCAGUUGUUUCAGAAGAUAAAGAGGGUGGUGAUCAAGUUAAAGUAUUCUUGUUAUAUAGUCUGAUGGAAAAUCGUGGUAGAACUUUAUCAUCAUUAUUUAGUACUGCAGUUGAUAAUUUAAGUUUAAAUAAUAUAACUCGUUUAGUAGAUAAUAGUAUCAUUGAAUCUCAUAUGGAUAUUUAUAAAUUUAAUGUUGUUGAAGCUGUAGUAAUAAUGGAAUCAUCAAUAUUAAAUGUUACUGUUUUAUUCACGUUUAUUAAAAAAUGUACGAUUGAUUGUCAAGAAAUACAAUUUAAUAAAUUAAAAAAUACAAAGUCGACUAUUCUUAAUCCAAUUAUUAUUGUUUAUGAUAGAAAAAUUCAUUUUCAUAAUGUUACAUUGAUUGGCAAGUUUCAUUUUUCUUUAAUACAUCUCUACUUAGACUAUACCAAUAGUAGUGAUAUGGUAGGUCGUUCAUCACGAAAACAAAGUGUAGUAUAG